AUGUCAGGCUUUGCCACGCUAGAUCACAUCGGCAUUUUCUUGUUCACUGCAGGUGUAGGCCUCAUCAUCCUGGCUAUCACAUGGGGUGGCUCAACCUUCCCGUGGAGUUCUCCGGCAGUCAUCGCUUCUCUCGCUAUCGGAUCAUGUUGUAUGCUUCUCUUUGGGCUAUUGGAAUAUCUGCUCGAACCGGGCCGUGUGCUUGCCAAAAGAUUCGACCGGACUGUCCCCAUGAUUCCCGCGUCACUCUUUCGCGAGAAAGACAUUGGUAUCAUCUGCUUCAUCUCCUGCAGUGCAGGAGCGGCAUUUUACUCUAUCUUCUACUAUAUCAGCAUAUACUUCACCCUUGUUGAGCAAGACUCGGCCGCCAAAGCCGGAUUAAAAUUGCUCUAUUACGUUCCAGGUCUGGCCAUUGGCGUUUUCGCUGCCCGGUACUGCUGUAACAGUUGGCCUCGUCAGACAUUCUGGGCAUUGUUUAUCGGAACAAUCAUCGAGACAGCAGGGAUUGCGGUUGUCACAGCUGCGAUCAAGAAGCGCGACGAAGUUCUCGUUACAGUUAUGAUGGCAUUUUCAGGCGCGGGCACCGGGGCGCUAUUUAUGCCCAGCAACGUGCAUCUAGCGGGCAUGUUCCCAAGCAGCCUCUCCGCUGCAUACAGCUUGGUGCGAUUCUCACUUCCAUUCGGAGGCACGGUUGCCCUAACCAUCAUGAGCUCCGUCUUCCAAAACCGCCUCGACCAAAAAUUCAAUCUGAAUUCGGACGGUGUCCAAAGUGCGACUCUCCGAACUAUCACGGCCGCCGACAGUGCCCCCGACCCGCGAUUGAAUAGCACUUACGCUCGUCUGCCAGCCACACAGGAAGCUAUCAGAAGACAAACCUCAGAUGCCAUCAUGUGGGCUUUUGUCUCUAUUAUUCCUGUACUUGCUGUGGCUGUGGUAUUAUCAGCAUUCCUAGGAAAUGUAUGGGUUCCAAAGAACAUGCACGACAACGAUGUCGAUGUGCAGCGCACGCGAAAACAAAACCCCAACGUAACCGACGGAGGACAAGACCUUACGAACAUCAGUCCAACUACCCAGCAAGUCCCGGCCAUGGAGAUGAUACAAGUACAAGAGGCGAUCACUGGUGAUUCUCCUGCAAAUGUUCCCCGCAUAAUUCAUUCAGGGUAUCUGUUGUACCUACUUCGGGGCCUUACGAAGCCAGAGGGACUGGUAUAG